AUGAACACCAUGGCCGUGCAGCAAGUCGCAUGCUACCUCCUCUGCAUCGUCCUGACUCUGCUUCUCCCUCCGCUGCUCCUCAAGCUCGUGAAACGUGGCGGCAACAAUAGCCUCAACCUGCCGCCGGGCCCGUGGAAGCUGCCGGUGAUCGGCAACCUCCACCAGGUCGCGCGCGGCGGGCCGCUGGUCCACCGCACCAUGGCCAACCUCGCGCGCCGGCUCGACGCGCCGCUCAUGUGCCUGCAGCUUGGCGAGCUCCGCGUCGUCGUGGCCUCGUCCGCCGACGCCGCCCGGGAGAUCAUGAAGACGCAGGACGCCACCUUCGCGACGCGCCCCUGGAACGCCACCACGCGGCUGCUGAGGGCCGACGGCGAGGGCCUCGUGUUCGCGCGCUAUGGCGCCCUGUGGCGGCAGCUCCGCAAGCUGUGCGUCGCGGAGCUGCUCAGUGCCCGGCGCGUCCGCUCGUUCUGCCGCGCGAGGGAGGAGGAGGCCCGCCGCCUCGUCGCGGCCGUCGCCGAGUCGGCGUCCUCGGGCCAGGCCGUGAACAUCAGCGAGCGGAUCGCCACGGUCGUGGCGGACUCGACGAUGCGCGCCAUGAUCGGGGACAGGUUCGAGAGGCGGGAGGAGUUUCUGGAGGAGCUGGCGGAGAUCAUCAAGGUCGGCGCGGGGUUCAGCCUGGACGACAUGUUCCCGUCGUGGAGGCUCGCGAGCGCCGUCGGCGGCAUGGCGCGCCGCGCGGAGCUUAACCACCGCAAGACGUACGAGCUCAUGGACUGCGUCUUCCGGCAGCACCGGCAGCUGAGAGAGGCCGUAGCUGAAGGCGCCAUCAACGAAGAGGAGGAAGACCUUGUGGACGUGCUCCUUGGAUACAGAAGGAAGGCGGCCUCGAGGUGCCUCUCACCACGGGAAACAUCAAAGCCGUCAUCCUUGACCUCUUCAACGCCGGGAGCGAGACGUCAGCGAAUACACUCCAAUGGGCCAUGUCAGAGCUAA